CCAAGAAAAAAAGGAGCAAUCUAAGCAAUGAGCGAUAACACCACGUCGGUGCCCUUGGCUAAGUUCGUGGACCCACCCAAUCCCACUGAGGCCGAACCCUUUGUGCCCCUGGUGGAGACCAAAAAAAUAAUGACCGAAUCCCCAGUGGCGGCACCAGCCACGCCAACUGGCAAUGCCAAUGGUCAUGGCAAUGGCAAUGGAACACCAACGGAGGCAACUGCAGUGGUUACAAAACCCGCCAGCGAUGAUAACAGCAUCUUCUCCAUCAUCUAUACGGUGGGCAAGAAGGUGGCCAUUGUGGGUUCCAUCUAUUUGGUGGGCUAUAUGGGUUGGUCGGUGGCCUGGCUAAUAGCUCCCGUCAUUCUGUCAGUGGCCCGUGACCAGUUGGCCAAGACAUCGGAGAAGAAGAGGGACAUAGCGAAGGCUUCGGCCUUGGCCUCUGAAAAGGAUGUCAUCCUGGCCAGAAUUGAUGAAUUGCCAGCAUGGGUGUACUUUCCAGAUGUAGAGCGUUGCGAGUGGCUGAAUAAGAUCCUUAAACAAGUGUGGCCCAAUGCCAAUCACUAUGCUCGCACUUUGGUUAAGGAAACCAUUGAGCCCAAUGUGGCCUUGGCUUUGGCCAAUUACAAAAUGAAUGGCUUCCGCUUUGAUCGCAUUAUUCUGGGCACGAUUCCACCCCGGAUUGGUGGAGUGAAGAUCUAUGACAAGAAUGUGGAUCGGAAUGAGAUCAUUAUGGAUUUAGAUUUGUUCUAUGCCAGUGAUUGUGACAUUAACUUCUAUUUGGGCGGCAUGAAGGGUGGCAUUAAGGAUUUCCAGAUUCAUGGUUGGGUUCGUGUGGUGAUGAAGCCUUUGAUUCGAUCAAUGCCCCUGGUGGGAGGUCUACAGAUAUUUUUCCUAAACAAUCCGAAUAUUGAUUUUAAUUUGGUGGGUGUGAUUGACUUUAUGGAUAUGCCAGGACUAAGUGAUUUGCUGCGGAGGAUCAUUGUGGAGCAAAUAGGCAAUGUGAUGGUGUUGCCCAAUAAGCUACCCAUAUCCCUGAGUGAAGAAGUCUCAGCAGUGGCUCUGAAGAUGCCCGAACCAGAGGGCAUCCUUCGCAUUCAUGUGGUGGAGGCCAAGGAUCUGAUGAAGAAGGACAUCAGUGUGCUGGGUAAGGGCAAGUCUGAUCCGUAUGCCAUCAUUAAUGUUGGAGCCCAGGAGUUCAAGACCCAGAUCAUAGACAACAAUGUGAAUCCCAAAUGGGAUUACUGGUGCGAGGCGUGUAUUUUUACCACCAUAGGCCACUAUAUUGGGUUUUCUUUGUGGGACUAUGAUCAGACAAUGCCAGGUGUACAGAGCGAUGAUGUAUUGGGCAGAGCCAGCAUCGACAUUGCCAGCGUGAUCAAAAAGGGUGUCGUGGAUAGUUGGCUCACCCUGGAAGAUGCCAAGCAUGGACUCCUCCAUGUCCGUCUUCAGUGGUACAAACUCACCGCUGAUCCCAAUGAUCUGCAACAGAUCCUUUUGGAAACGCAGCUCCUUCGUGUGACCUCUAUGAGCUCAGCGGUUCUUAGCGUCUUCAUUGACUCUGCCAGGCACUUGAAGCAAGCUCGUUCCAGCUCUAAGCCCGAUCCCUACCUGGUGUGCAGCGUCAACAAACAGAAACAACAGACGGCCAUGAUAAUGCGCGAUGAUUCCCCGGUUUGGGAGCAGGGUUUCACCUUCCUGGUCAGCAAUCCGGAUAAUGAGAGUCUAAUUAUCAAGAUCUAUGAUCAGAAGACCGGAAAUGACAUUGGUCAAUACACCUAUACGCUGAGCACCUUGCUCAAGCAGUUCAACAUGGAGGUGAUUCAGCAGCCAUUCCAGUUGCAGAAAUCCGGACCAGAAUCCAAGCUCUACAUGUCACUCUCACUAAGAAUUCUGAAGCCUGGUGAGAUUGACAAGGAGUCGGAUGCCUUGGAACAGGUGGCAGCCAUCACGCGUAGCAGUUCUGUAAAGACACCAGAGGUGGCUGUGGUGGCACCUCCUACAUUUAAAGAUCCUCAGGCACCCAGCAAACGUCUCUCUGCCGAGUCUCCCAUCAGCGAAGAGGAUCCUGCGGUGGCAGUGAAAAUCUCGCCGGCUCUUUCCGCCUCCACUUCCAGUGAGAAGCCAAUUAGUGAGCUGGCUGCCUCUGUGCUGACCCACCGCUUUCCCGACUCUACCUCGUCCGCCGGUGAACACAACCUGGGACGCAUCCAGCUCUCGAUCCGCUAUAGUGCCCAGCGUCAGAAACUUGAUGUUACCAUUCACAAGAUCAUGAAGAUUCCCCUGCGUGAUCCCAGUAACAUCCCUGAUCCAUAUGUGAAGCUAUACCUGCUGCCUGGUCGCAGCAAGGAGUCCAAGCGCAAGACGGGUGUGAUUAAGGAUAAUUGCAAUCCCGUUUACGAUGCCUCCUUUGAGUACCUGAUUUCCAUUGCUGAGCUCAGGCAGACGGAACUCGAGGUGACGGUAUGCACGCAGAAGGGUUUCCUAUCCGGCGGCAGUCCCAUCAUUGGAAUGCUAAAAAUACCUCUGGAUGAUGCUGAGAUUACCACACAGUCUGGCUUGAAUUCCUGGUUCGACUUGCAGCCUGAAAUGCGACACGAGUGAGAAAAUCGAAGGAUUACAAAUGCGAAGUCAGAGUCUCAUUAAAGCACAAUCAACUCAAGAACAACUUAACACUUUUUUACCAAUUGCACUUAAAGUCUUUUGUAUUUGUUAUGUGUAUAAUUUAUUUGGUAUAGCUUUGGUUGGUCUUUAAAACCCCUAACCAAAACCCCAAACAAAACUCUCUUAGUCGUGCCUCUUAUAUUUUAAACUAUCAACUUAUUAUAGUCGAAUAAAUUGAACUGUGUUUUCAA